AUUUUACGCACAUGGAUAACCCAAAAGAGGCGAGGAAAAGAAAUACAUUACAAAACUCUAUUAUGAUACCUCACAGUCUUGUUGCUGAGGAAAAUCCCAAUAGCGAAAAUAGCUUACAGGAGCAUUUACGUAAACACGUAAAAAAGCCAGGUACAACAAAUUCAAACUACGUCCAUCUUGAUCCUUCAUCUGACUCCAAAUAAACUAAGCGCCAAUAGAUCCGAAGCAAUGGAAGAAACCGAUAACCAUAAUCCGACUCUUUCUGAAAAUUUUGUGAAAUGUGAACAGAGCUUACUACUUACCCUUUUUAAAGGACUUAGUGAAGCACUCAUUUUGGUCCUGCUGGUCCUCUACUUUUUGAUAUUACAUAGAUAUAUCUUAAUACCUUCUCUUUGCUGUGAGUUUAUUCUUCUCUUAAUGAUUAUGAUCCCACAAUGAGGAGCCAAUGGGCUGAAGAAGUUUUUUGAGAAUAUCACUGUUGUGCUUCAGUGCUCAGUUCUAGUGUUGACUAUUUUAUUUGAUAUUUAUGAAUGCUCACAGGAAUCUGAUGAUAGGAUCGGAAUAUUAGUUGGCUUCGGUAGGGUCUCUAGACUGAUCUUAUUCUACCUCCUAGCAAACGACUUCGAGCAAACCUUAAUUGAGAAAUGAAUUAACGGUAGGAUCAAAGGCAGAAAAUCAGAAAUAUCUGCUAUCGAGAUGCACUCUAAUAUAGACACAUUGCUGAAAGAGCUAUACAAGAGGUGCAACCCAAAAGAUAAGCUCAUGAAAGCUGGCCUCAUGAGAAGCAUCUCUCUUUCCAGAAGGAAUAGGAACAAACAGAUGGCGAGGAACAGGCUUAAUGAUAACUUCUUGCAACUUGACAAAAUGGAAGUUGAUCCAAUGGAGAUUAAAGAACUGAAAAUGAAGGAGGUUAAUAAAAAUAUCGACUCUAUUGAUUCUAAAGACGAGAAAUACUUCAGAGAAGGGUUUGAUUUCAUAACUAUGGAGAAUCAAUAUACACUCAAGAUGGUCUUAGAAUCUUCUCAAGACUUAGAAUUUGAUGUCUUUGAUCUCCAAACUAAAUCUGGUGAGAAUGAAAUGUACAUCUUUGGAAUGCAUAUAAUGUCUAAGGAUCGUUACGCUAGUGAUUUUAAGAUUGGUACCAGAAAGCUUCAAAACUUUUUGUAUGCUCUCCAGAAUAGUUAUAAUCCAAUUGCUUAUCAUAACAAGACUCAUGCUACUGAUCUGUCUCAAACCUGUUAUUAUUACAUGCAAACAUGUAAUCUGAAUAAUAUCUGUAAGCUUUCUAAGGUUGAGCAGUUAUCUAUGAUUUUGGCUGGAUUCAUGCAUGAUACAGACCAUCCUGGGUACAAUAAUGUUUACAUGGUGAACACCUCAGCCCCACUUGCUAUAAGAUAUAAUGACAAGGCAGUCUUGGAGAAUUAUCAUGCUGCUAUGGGGUUUAAAAUCCUCAAAGGAAAUAGACAAUGAAACAUUUUUGAAAACAUUAGUAAAGAGAAAUACAAAGAAUUCAGGAAGUUAAUCGUAGAUUUUAUCCUUUCCACAGAUAUGACCAGACAUUUUCCCGAUAUGAGUCAGAUGGGAAAUAGAACCUCAGAGAACGAUUUUGAUGCUUCUGAUAAGGACAAGAAGUUGACACUUGAAUUCUUGUUCCAUAUGGCUGAUAUUAGUAAUCCAACUAAGCCUUGGUCGAUUUGAAAGAAAUGGACUGACUUGCUUUUCAUCGAAUUUUUCAACCAAGGGGACAAGGAAAGAGAACUCGGCAUGGAAAUAUCUUUCCUUAUGGAUAGGACAACUACAAAUGUUGCAAAAGCUCAGGAUGGGUUUAUCAAAAACUUGAUAAAACCUGCGUUUUUGAUUCUUGAGAAGGUCUUACCUCACUUAUCUCAAAAUUUAAAAUACAUGGAUGAAAAUAUAGAUAAAUGGGCAAAGAAAGUUGUGCAAUAUUCCGUCAACACCCACUCCCAUAUGGAAACAAGAAAAUCAAAAUUACAUAAAGAAGAAGAUGAAAAAUCGGACAUUAGUGAAGACUCUUUCAUGCCAAAUGAAUUUUCUCCCGGACUUGAAUCAAAGUUAUAUUCUGAAAAAGGGAUAGGACUUCCUCAAAAGCCAGGUAUGCUCCCUCCAAUACAUUCCAAGCAGUCAAGUGAUCUUUUCAGCAUGAAUCCGUAGUUACAUA